AAAGUAAAGAAUGAUUAUCAGCAGAUGCUACGUAGCAUUUCUACCCAGUCUCCCUCUUUUUUUUAAAAAAAAAUCUCCUUUUCUUCUUCUUGUUCUUUCAAUUCAUCAUGACAAUCUUAUUAGGAACUUUCGGUGCCUCUAAACAGCCAUUGUGUCUGUAUACAGUCAAUAAUCACCUGUAUUUCAGUAUAGAGGAAAUCAAUCAUGUCUUUUUCAAGAAUCAAUUGACCUCAAAAACAAAUUUAAUUCAGUCUCUCUUUAAAGCACAUGCUGAAGAUUUCAACAAGACAAAGACAGGUCAAAUUUAUGUGAUGAAGAAUACAAUGAAGCACAUGGCCAGAUUAUUUAAUGCCUAUUGUCUGGCUGAAUUAUGCAAAUUAUCACUAGAAGAAAUCUUGACUGAGCGUAUUAUUGAGCCACUAUUGAAUGCCAUUGAUGCUGUGCUUUGGAUACCCUCAACAACCAUGGUCAAUACACCAGACCAUUAUCUUUGUCUUGAAUCACUGGUUGGCAAUGAAUGGAUCUUUACAAGUUAUGAACCAUCAAAAGAACCAACACCUAUUCCUAUGCAACCUAGUUCCAAUACACUCUACCAAUGGCUAUCAUUCAACUUGAUAGACCAACAAAAAUCACCUGAAAUGAUGCAGACACUCGUCUGUGUUGCAAAGACAAAGAAGCAACAACAGGCAAUCAUUGAAACAAGGCAACGAAAAGCUGCUUUUACAAAACCGCUUGCCAUACAUUCCAAAAAGCAUAAAUUAACACGAUCACAACAUAAAAAACAUACUUCAUACCCUAAAACAUCACUGCCACCUAGUCCACCACCCAAAAAGAGAAAACUGCCUUUGAGUGGUUCUAUACCCAACAAGAAGACAACUUACAUCAUGGACCAUGGCAAUGAUAACCUGAAUUUACUAGCAACACAAGCUACGCAUCUCUCCUUCCCACCCCCAAUCAAACAAGAAAAUUCAUUAAGGCUGCCUUCUUUACAAACCAUUUUAACAGAACUUCAUCAUCCUAUUCGAUUCUGAUUUUACUCUUCUUUAAUAAACAUGUUUCUUUUGUGUGCUUAGUAGCC